AUGUGUAGAGACUGUGUCAAUACUGACAGAAAAGGCAAGAACAAUGACAUUACGCGACAUCUGCUUCGCUUUCCCAAUGCUGUUGCCGAAGUCCUAACCGAAUGGAUUCGCACUCAUCAAGAGAAUCCAUAUCCAACAGCUGCAGAAAAGACGGCCCUUCAAGAGGCGACUGGCUUGGACGGACGACAGCUGAAUACUUGGUUCGCCAACUACCGUCGACGGAAGCAGGCUGCACGCUCAAUUAAACAUACAUCAGCAGUAGUUCAUCAGCUCACAACCAGCUCACAUCAUGGACAACAAGGCAUACAAGCUAACCUCGAGCCUGGAGUCGCCGAACAAAGCCUCCCUUUGCAAUCACAACAGAAGAGAUUCCAAUGCACCUUCUGCACCGACACUUUCGCCACCAAAUAUGAUUGGACUAGACACGAGACUUCCCUCCACCUGCCGCUAAAGCGCUACAUUUGUUGUCCGUUUUCUGCUGUGCAAGUAUGUCCAAGUACUGGUGGUCAAAUAUGUGCAUACUGUGGUCUUGAGACGCCUACUCUGGAGCACAUCGCAUCCCACAACCACCAGUACUGCCAAUCGCGAGAUCCUGAUGCUAGGAUAUUCCUUCGUAAAGACCACUUUCGUCAACAUCUACGCUCUGUUCAUGAGAGUGACAUGCUUCCGCACAUGGAUCAUUGGCUUCUGGAAGCUGUGUGGAUUAAUAGCCGUUGCGGCUUCUGUGGUCAGCGCUUUACACUGUGGAAUGAAAGAAACGAACACAUCGCGAGUCACUUCAAGAUUGGAUAUCAUAUGGACAUGUGGAAAGGUUGCAGAGGUUUUGAUGGUGCAGUAUCUGCCCAAGUCACUGCAGCCAUGCCCCCAUUCCUCAUUGGCCUGGAACGUCUACGUCCCUUUCCUUUCAGCGCUUCCAAUGCUAAACGUCGCCCGGGUCUUCCGCAUAGCAGGUCGUGGGAGUUUCUUGUAACAGGCUUGCAUCGCUUGGUUAAAGAGAGGGUGUCACAAAGUCGUCCCGUCUCGGAUGUAGAGCUUCAAAAUGAAGCUCGACUUCUCACCUAUGGUUCCGCCAAUGCUGAUAUCAGCACAGCAGCGGAUAAUCCCGAAUGGCUGGAUCUCUUCAAGAGGGCAUAUAGUCUGGAUAUCUUGACUUGUCUCACAGAAGGCAAAGUCAGACCAGCCGAUGACCUCGAAGUCUACCAUGAUCUUGGUAUCUCCAUGCCUUCUCUAUCGCAAGAACAACAUCAAUCGGCUCUGUUUGCAUUAUUCCAGAGUGAUGGGCCCAUCCCAAAGGGAUAUCUGCGAUUCUCCGCCUCACGAGUACCUCUGCAAAAGGCGUUGCCCUUCGAGACCAUUGCCGGUCCGUGGCCUGAUGCGGGACUUUUAGGAGAGAUGCUGAUUGUUGCUGAGUGGGUGUUUCGUAAAACGCUUGGUGCACAAAUCAACCCGGCUUUAUCGGCACCAGAGACAGUGAACACAUGGCCUUGGACUGUCGACAAUGACGAUGCUGGAGAUUUGUUGUUCGAUCAACUGAUGCUGCCUUGGAACGAGAGCUUUGGCCCAAGGAUAUCUAUCAUCGAUGAUGUUCAGAGCGAAACUGAGCCGAGAUUUGAGACUGUGGAUUGA